AUGUUUCGCGGCUUCUGGCACGACGUCACUCGCCGGGGACGACGCUUCAUUUCUAUUGGCGGGCGACACACACGUGGGGGAUUUAGUCAGCCUCUGGGGAAGCACCCGCAGGUCAAGCAGGGCAUCGCGGAGGGUGUUCCGCGGCGUAUCCCAGGCACCACAAAGGUCACCUACACAAACAAAAAGGGAAGAACCUUUAACUUUUCGAUUCCUGUGGCAGAGAUUACGCACCCGCAGGUGGAAUUGACAAAUUCUUCCGGUAACUGGAGGGAAAUAGACACGAGCUUCUCUGACUUAGGCGACAUGGAGGACGACAUGCCAUCAGCAGUAGAUGAGUGUUUGCAGAUGUCGCCAGAUGCCACUUCGCUCCGUAGUCUAUAUGAAGCAUUUGUUUCUUUCUGCAAAGAGUAUGUACUAAUGGACACAACAGGUAUGAAAAAUAUGCCAUUUUAUGGAGAUCUCAAUGUGGGUCCCGGUUAUGAGCAUUAUGACCGAAGAUUAAAACGAAAAAGGCAUUGGCUUGCCAUCCGUCAUCGGUUUGAAGAUGUACGUUACAUCAUCUGGCCCGACGACGAAGCCGAGGUGGAGGAGCUGUCGCCAGACGCACAGCUGAGUGUGCGCCAGAUGCUUGACGCGCUUCGGUGGCUUGAGGCGGCAUCGACCUUUUGUGUCCGAAAAAUGCAUCCGGCAGACAUGACAAACGAGGAGGAGUUUCUGCCACUUGAUCUUCACCGCGAAGUGGCUGUUGUGGCACGCCGCGCACGAAAUGAUGCAACUCUUUUUAGCUCCUUGUCGACCGAAUCGGACCUGUUCGUCGCGUGUGCUACACUUUGUCUUAACCACAAGGUGCCAUUUCAUCUUUUUUUUGCAGCCGGAGAUCACAACGGUGCUAAAGGCGUGACCGUUGGUGAUGGAAGUUGCAUACUCGUGAAUAUGCCCUUUGUUCACACAACGCUUGGAGCCAUUCGUAUCAUGAGUGUCAUUGGCGGCGACAGCACUGCCUAUGCCUUUUCCAAUUUGGCAGGGGCGGUUGAGCGAUGGGACGUCCUGGAAGGGUUGUCACGACUGAUGAGUGUGGAGGCAUUUGGGGAAAAAGAUGCGUUAGAAAACGUGGGAGAAGAUGAAAUAUGCAUCAUUAUGCGUUUUUGCGUCGAGGUCAGGGAAAAGAACGCCGCCUUUUUCUCGUGUGAUUCCACAGAAAACGUCGAAGAGGUCUCUUUUAGGGCGAAAUACAGACAAGUUUCACACCUCGCUUUGUCACGCUGUAAAUAUCUUCUUUACCGCUUAGAUGGUCCCCGGACUCGGGUGAUGAGCGAAGGAGGUUAUGUUCCUCUUGUGGACCUUCAAAAACACGCGGAGCGAACAAAUAAAGACACUCUGGUUCAUUACAAUUUAGGUAUUCGCAGUGCUCAGGGGUUGCGCCGUGUCACGUUGGGCGCGCAAUCGUCUGCACAGUUGGCGGAACUUGUUGACCGACUUGAGGCGCCAAACGCUCGCGUGAAUGGAAAUACACUUUUGGUGGAUUUGGUGCAACAUUUGUCUUGCAAGGCAGCAGCGAGCAAAAUUUCCUUGACUUUAAAGGAGGUGAACACGUUACUGCCCCUACUGGCGCGUAUGCGGGCAGAAACACCAACAGGGGAACUGGAUUCCCGUUUUGACAGACUGUUAAAUUUGAUGGAGACGGCGAUAGGAACCGCCAUGCAGCAAAACCGCUCUGUGGAAGAAAUUGUGGACCUUUUGGAGGGUCUUGCGGCCUGCAAUUUUGUUCCUUCUUCUUUCAAGCAAGUAGAGAUGGUAUUGAUGCGCCUUUUGAUGACCCGGACCUGUAGAAUGUCACAUGUGACACGUGUUCUUACGUCACUUUCGUCGUUGUUUAAUUCGGAGGUGUCACAGGUGUUACUGCAGACAGCGGCUUCACAUGCCAUGCUUUGUACCAAAACAGGAACGAUCAGCGGCAGGGAGGUGGACGAAUUGGUGGAGUUGCUGGAGGCCCUUGCAUCCUGCCGGUACGCCGCCCUUCCAGGACUUAUCGCACGUUGUCGAGAAGAGUGUUUUUCGGAUGAAGUUUUGUUUUCUUUGAAGCAACGUUGUGGCUAUGCCUCACUUCUUGCUUCUGCGGCCUCAGGGAUGCGGCACGAAGAUGAGUCUUUCUCUCAACAGCUGGCGAAUGAUAGUCGUCAUCACUUUAUUGAAUACAUCCGAAACCGAAAAGAGGAGGAGGAUCUAGCUUGCUUUGUGGAUUGCAUCACCGGGCUGACUACUGUUGGUUUUGGGGAUGCUGCGGAGAACGAGGAGUAUUACCCAACCUUAGUGUCAUUUCUUCGUAGCCCCUGCCUCAGUCUGGAACGAUGCGCCACAAUGUCGACAAUGGCUCUGGCCACACUGUUGGAGGGCGUCUUGCUGUGGUGCACGACACUGCGGGUGCCGCCAGAGGGUGUUGUCGCUCCAAUUGAAAGGACCUUACUCGCAAGAAUUUGCUCUUUCAACGAUCCAGGAUCGACGUUAGAUUCCUCUGAGGAGUUGGCGGAAUCCGUCUGCCGGCUGGUGGGUCUUCAGCGUGCUUCAGAAGAAUUGCGUCGAGCGGCAGCACAAGCACUUGGAAAAAUCAUCCUUCAUGCUGAAGCUGUUGCGGAAGCAUGGAUACCCACAGCGCAACAAGAUCUUUCUUUUGAGGUGGUGGCGUUGGCCAAUGCGGAGAGGGAGAGUAAGCACAUGAAUACCGUUCUGCGCUAUUGUGCUGCUCUUCAGCAGAGUGGUAUGUUACACCUUGUGGAGGGACUGAAGAUGUAG